CAAACCUGAGAGAGCCUGGCUGUCUAAACAACAGAGGAGGAGGGAAGCUGCAUGCAAGGAGACCUCAGUCUGCGGAAUGGUGAAGCGGACUAUGGGUAUGAUGAGACCAGCAUGGUGGUGUUUUGAAGAUUCCUGACAGUUUUGGCAGGUUCCUUCAUGAUUGUGAGUACCGUGACGGCUUCUCCUGGACCGGAAUGGGGGAAUGAGAAUAUUUGUGAAAUGGCAGUAUUGCUCCCGUGGGACAAGCACAACAGAGGCACGGCGUGACGUCAGGUGGGGUGGGAGAGAACACAUAAUUCCGCGUGGACCUGCAAGAUGAAGGGGGGUGGGGUUGUCGCAUGAACUCCCAUCAUCAUGGAAUCUCUACCCUCUUUGGUCCAGAUCUCCUCUCAGGAGUAUCACCACCCCAACAGCAACAUAAUUUCCCUGCACUAUAACUACACAGGGAAGCUCCACAAUAGGAAGUACAGGGGAAGCUUCCAAGCCCAAGCCGUCGUCUUCCUGGUGGUGUGUGCCUUCAUUGUGGCUGAAAAUCUAGCAGUUCUGCUGGUCAUAUGGAGGAACAAGAAAUUCCACUCGCCCAUGUAUUACCUGCUUGGGAAUCUAGCCUUGUCAGACUUGCUAGCUGGAGUCACCUACUCUGCCAAUAUCAUCCUAUCAGGGCCCAGCACCCUCUGGCUGACUCCCGUCCAAUGGUUCCUGCGUGAAGGGGGGGUCUUUGUCACCCUUGCCGCCUCUGUCCUCAGCCUCUUUGCAAUCGCCGUGGAGAGACACAUCACCAUGAUCCGGGUGCGACUCUACCAUGGGAACAAGAAAGGGCGCAUGCUGUUGCUGGUGGGGGCCAGCUGGGGAGCCGCCAUCUUGCUUGGACUGCUGCCACUCCUGGGCUGGAAUUGCAUCGGUCGCCUUCCUGAGUGCUCCACGGUCUUGCCUCUCUACUCCAAGCAUUACAUCCUCUUCUGCAUCAGCAUUUUCCUAGCCAUCCUCAUCUCCAUCGUGGUGUUGUAUGCCCGGAUCUACUGCAUGGUCACGUCCCACAGGCAGCGCUUGGGCUACCUUCACAAGGGCGUGCUCAAGAAACCCAAGAAGGACAUGUCCUUGCUGAGAACUGUGACCACCGUGGUGGGCAUGUUCAUUGCCUGCUGGCUGCCCCUGUUCCUCCUCUUACUGCUGGAUGUCACAUGCCAAACCCGAGCCUGCAGUGUACUCUACAAGGUGGAUUAUUUCCUGGGCUUGGCGAUGAUUAACUCUCUACUGAAUCCUGUCAUUUAUACCCUGACCAGUAAGGACCUGCGGCAGGCCAUCUUCAGGCUGAUGUGCUGCUUCUUGUCCAUUGCGCCGAGCACAGAGGAGAGCCGAGCCAAACGCUUUGGCCCCCCCAUAUUGGAGGGCAGCACCAGCAAAUCAGAACAAUCCUCCCACCAGAAGGAGGAGCCCAAUACUAGUCCAUUAGUCAGGAAUGGCACCCCCACUGCAGGCAAGACCUUAGUGUCAAAAGCUGCCUCUUGAAUUGUUCUGUUGUGAUCUGCUCUGGGUGACUGUACUGGGGAACAGGUCACCAGGAGGUAAAACAGCCAGAGGUGCGCAUUCUGGUGGCCAGAGAGAUCAGUGCCCAGGUGGAAAUUCUGCUAGAGGCUUAGGCUGGAGUGGCAGGCAGGAAAACAGAGCAAGAGGCAGGAAGAGUUGGGGAUUUGGGUUCAUGGAAGGCAUUGCAAUCAGAACAUCAAUCUAACUGUCACCUAGGCAGAGAUUGAACCCUGACCUGGAUGCAUUUACACCCAACCAGGCUAAGAAGAACCAAUAGAACCCCUUAGUGGAUGGAGGUACUCUGGGAUCAGGGAGGCCAAUUCUGCCCCUUUCCCUCAACAGUCUUGAGUGUCUCGCCCCAAUAUUCAGCAUUCCUCAACUGUAUUCCCGGUCACUCCUGACACUGGAGGUGCAACAUCAGGAAGUUGUUCCCGAUCAUCCAUAUUGGGGAACUCAAUUCUGACAGAAGGUGGUUGGGCACAAACCCCCAGUGGCUGUCCUGGGUGGAACCAGCCGCUAAAUGUCAGGAUAUGCAUGACACUUCAGCAUUUCAGGCAGGAGUCGGGCAUAACAGGAUGCCUUUUUAAAUGAGCAUUUUGUUUGGAAACAUUUUCUUGCCUCCAGUCAUGCAAUGAAGAUCCAGCAGCAGCGGCUGCUGUUGCCAAAACAUUUUUUUUAACCUUCACAGCCCGUCAGAUCUCAAAGGGUCAGUCAGAUACCCUGUUGGGCAAAAGUCCUACCCAUGUUCCACAAAUGCUGGUGAGAGCCAGGAAAGGUGUUUGUUUUCAGAUGCCAUGUCGCCCACUGGGGACCCUGAUCUAGAGGGUGAUGUACAGACAGACUGGAAAGGGGCUAGACAGACCCAAAAGUCUGAGCAGCCUCUUGUCAAACAACUGCCCCUGGUUUCUGAGGCCUCCCUCCAAACUGCUUCACCCUGGGCCUUUCUGCAGGGUAACGUUUUCUACCAAAGAGCAGAAGGGCUAGGAAGUGUGUCUAGACUAGACUGGAUCCUUCUCACCAGCGCAGGGUGAUUUAUAAACCAAGCAACAUGUUCAGUGUUUUCAAGUGGACACAUCUCAGUUCACGUGAUGCUGUUGUUAAAUUAAGAAUGCCUUUGGGCCAAACCUAUUUGAGAUUCUUUACCAUUUUUUUUAAAUAAAAGUCUUAAUAAAAUGUCUUCUUAGA